UUAAUGUAACUCCUUCGACACACAUUAUGUUCUACAGGCAAGAUGGCGUCAAUAUUUAGACGAAGGAACAAGACUUAUACACUGAAGGAGUUUUACGAAUCAAAUGUGACUCUUCCGGUUAUCAUAUACAUUGACCAAGGAUUCGCGGGAAACAACGCCGUGGAAACUAUUGGUGCAGGACAGUAUUUCUUUAUCCAUGCUGUCUACCGACAGAGGCGGGCAAUGACAAGAGGCAAUAUCCCUGCUGUCUCCGCUGAUAAAUGUCUGAUCAGCAUUCCGUUGUCGUACCCUAUCAAGUUCAGACGUGUGGAGAGCCGGCUUAAAGUUGGACAUGAGGAUUUCAUGUGGUCACUCCUCAGGAAAUUUGACCCACCGUUCCAGGUGCAGAUGUCUCGGACUGACCAACGCAGACUGGACACAGGCCCGUGCUCCACUACAACAUCUGAAAUGUCCAAUCUCCUUGUGAUGGGGAAAUACAAAGAAAUAUAUCUCCUCGGAAACCUCAUUAACCAAGGAACUGGUGCCCUUUACUACAAACAGGUGGCAGCCAUUCCACUAUACUUACCUGACGUCGAGAUCAGCGUGGUGGAUGGAUUUGCGGAGGGCAUCAACGACCGGUGGAUGCUCUACAUUGACAAACUGUACGCAUUCGCUCUACAGGAAAUUGAUCUACAUGUGCGUCAUGGAAAUAGAGACAUUUCCAUUUUUAUCGAGGAUAAAAGCACGUUGGCCAGGUCUGAGAUGUGUGAGUACCUAGUUCCCGAUCGUAACUUGUUAUUACAAACGUCCGAACACAGACAAAACCAUACAACGCCCAACUCACGACAGUAUCAGCCUCCACUGAGGGCAGAUGACCCGCGAUAUAACCAGGACCCAACAGCUGGUGAUAACUCAAACAGAAAACGACGUGAAGACACAGUCAAGUCGUCGCAGACACAAACAGACGGAGAUGACGAGGUAAUCGUUGCAUUCAGUCGAGAUUACACACCAUUAGAUGAAAUUCGUGACCUGAAAAGGCCAGUCCCAGCACCCAGACAGCGGCAGCCCGUUUAUCCGACAGCUCCACCGGAAGAUAUCAGUCUGCCGCCGAUCUUGCCUCCAAGAAAGGAAAAUGCUUUACACGUUGAACCUAAAGAAAUAGAAACACCGAAAUAUAGUUCUUCUAAAAAUCUGCAAACAGAUGAGGAUGAGAGAGGGGAGGAAGUAGAGGAGAAGGUAGAAUAUGAGAGGAAAUCUCGGACAGCCAUACCAUUUUACGACAAGAACAGACCUGAUACUCUAAAGAAAUUGACAAACGAACUGAUGCAAAUGUGCGAAAGAAAAAAAGAGAGUGAAAUUACGUCACCUGUCAUCCCGGAACCGGAAAUCGAUUACGAUUUCUUACCUCCAAAACGACUGCCAAAUUCAUUGCGAGAGCGUCGUAAAGACGGGCGAGAAACAGACAACGAGUACGAUGGUGGGAAAUAUCAAAGCAGCGCACGUUACGUUACACACCAGGCGCUGAAUGACCCUAAGACAGAACCAGGUCAAAAGAUGACCUUUGACCCUCAAAUGCCCUUCGAUCAUAUGACCAUAAACGACGUUAUUGAAGUGCUGAAAAUGCUUAAUCUUUAUAAAUACGAAGCGGCAUUUCGAUCUGACAUGAUUGACGGAUUCAUGCUGAGUGGUCUUACAGAUGACCACCUUCGCGAUUGCUUCGGUUUUUCAGUUCUUGAAUCGAAACGUUUAAUGCACUUCAUCUUACAUAGACAUCUGCCAAAGAAAGUAUGAGCCAUUGAAAUCAGCUGCAAUGCAACCAAACGUCCCGAUAGGUUCCGAAUUGUUGCAAAUGCUGAUCAGAAAAGGAUGAACACAUGUCCUACCAACCCUACCAGCACCUCUAACCGUUCACUGUACCAACGGUCAAAAACAAAAGUCAACACAUUGCACUCUGAAAUAAUCAGGAAUGACUAAUAUUCAGGAGAAAUUGAUCAUGAUUGAAAAUAAAACCCUUAUCUAGCUUCUCAUCAUUGAUCUACUAUGACCGUAUUGGUUUAUGUAGUGGUAACUUUUUUUUCUAUGUGACUUGACAGAUGUAUCAUUAUAAGCUACUUCAUUUUGAUGGUUUGUUACUGUGAAGGUGCUUCCUGAACUUUACAGGGACAACAAUAUAGCUACAGAAGUGAACGGUUACUUUCAAAAACAAUUGUUUUCUUUGGUUUUAAGUCAGUUUUAGAUACUAAGUUUUAAGGAAGGUUACUGAUGUGUCCAUAUUUUUCAAGUCACGUGCGACUCCGUGGUUCCCAUUGCUAACUGCACGCCUGCACUUUUUUCAUAAAUCCUUGGAUGUUGACAUCAUCAUGAAACGAAGAUCAUGAAUCUUUAAAAUAACGUGGGCUGUGGGAGGUGUUACUACUGGAAUUAUCGUAUACACGUGAUUGUUACGUGCCUUGGACCGUGGGAGGUAAAUAAUACUAUGAUUAUGGUGUUUUAUUUGAUUGUGACGUACCAGUGACCGUGGUAAUUGUAUCAUUAUACUGGGAUUGUCAUGUGGAAGACAUUGUGACGUGCCUUGGACCGUGGGAGGUAUAUACUUCUUGGAUUAUCGUGUCGUCGUGAUUGUGACGUAACUUGGACCGUUGGAAGUUAUGCUCCUGUGUUAUCGUGUGUGUGUGAUUGUGAUGUACCUGGUGCCGUGCGAAGUGUAUGGUUCUGUGAUUAUCGUGUCCACGUGAUUGCGAUGUACCUGGUGCCGUGCGAAGUGUAUGGUUCUGUGAUUAUCGUGUCCACGUGAUUGUGAUGUACCUGGGCCCUGGGAGGUAUAUUGGUUUAACAUGUCCAUGUGGUUGCGACUUAUCUGGCGGUGUGAGAUGUGUAUUAUACUCCGAUUAUUGAGUCCACGUGACAGUAAACGUACUUCGGUUACCUUGUCAACAUGAUUGUGACAUACCCUGGACUUUGGGAUAUGUUUCAUACUGGAAUAAAUGUUUGAUAUUUUGUGAUAACUAGCAUAUUUCCAGGGUGUUUGGUUUAUAUCAUCUUCGCAAGCCCAGGGUUAAUUUCAGGUAGGUCUACAUAGACCGGAUCGGUACCCUUGGCCAGCGAUUAUGGAUGUAUAUAAGAAGGUUGACAUAAUAUUGUUUCUUGACACUUAAGAAUCCCCGUCCCUCCGCCUAAAAAUGUAGUGAGGCAUUUUUUUUUUCCUACGGCAUCGCUAUUGCAUAACC